UGACGAUGCACACCAUUGGCUGCUCGCUGAGGAAAACAGGGCUGCGCCUCUGAGGACAGAUCGCAGUGUGCGUGCAUGGAGGGAAAAAGAACAUGUCAACGUGCACAUAGAGUUACACCGCACACGCUCCCCGAACGGUCUGUGAUGACACCGGGCUACUGUCAGACACUAUCCACUUCCUAACCCUUUAACCAUGGCAACAGGACGAAAAGGCUCUACGUCCAAAGUGGCUGGCGUGCAUUUCCCUGAUGAUAACGGGCCUCCUGACUCUCCAACACGCAGAGAUGACCAGUCAAACCUCUCCACUCUCAUUGCUAUUCAAGAAAAGGAUGGCAUCUACCUUGUCAAGGCUGGUUUUCUGAAGAGCCACCACUGUUAUGAGAUUGUCUUCAGUGUUCCAGAUGUACCCACACUGGGCAAAGAGCUCCUAUGUCUCCCAACCUCUUCUCCGACCCGGAAGUCUUCCAGCCUCCGUGUCCAUCACAUCAACUCCUCACUGAAGGGAGUAAAGGUAACAUGUGAGUACAGGACUCACCAGGAGGGGGUUCUGCAGGAAGAGGUGAAUCUGGUUACCAGAGGGCGAAAAGCCUUUAGUCUGAAGGUCAGACUCCAGGCCAGAAUCAUCGACCCACAUCAUGGGACUCCCAUGCUGCUGGAGGGGGUGAGGUGCCUGGGUGCUGAGAGACGCCCACACAAAACACAGCAGUGAUCAUAAGAGGAUAUGAUUUACACGGUGUAUAUACAAGUACAGCUUAACUAGAAUUGGGAAAUAUGUUCCCCUGUUUUAUUUUGUAAUUUAAGUUCUUAAAAGAAUGAAGAAUACUGAUUUAUUUUUUAGACAAUUGCGUGACAAUAAGUUUUCUCUGCAAAGAAUGUAAAUAACACAAGCCGGCAUUGAAAAAAGGUUUGGCAAUAUACCCAUGAUGCCUCUGUUGUUGGAGAGAUAUGGUUAACCAGCAGGGAACAAAUACACCCCCCUCCCGAUACAAACACACACACACACACACACACGCACAUUCACACACACAAACAAUACAAAUGAGUAGGUUGUCAUAUUUAAGAGAUACUUCCCCAGUAUUUGAACUAUUUGUACCUGUACCAUAAAAAACAGUGCAGUACAUUGUCAGUGUACACCAGUAGGGGAGAGCGGGGUAAUGUGAGACAUUGUGUAAUGUGAGACACCCCCUGUAUCUAGGCAACGGUACACAUUUGUGGUCAUGUGACCAUUAUGUUUUCCAGCCCCUCCCAUUCCCCCCUUACCAUGAAGGAGAAGUUGGUGCCGGUGCUGUGGUAAUUAUGUUUUUUUACAAAAAUGUGUUUUUGCAUGUCAUGCUUUGAACUUAAUCAACUGUUGAAUCAGAUAGAAAAACUUAUAUCAUACAUGUUGACAAAAAUACAUCAAAAUGUAUUUUGAUACAAAAUACAAAAUACCCCUCAAAUAAAUGUAUCAAAAUAAAAUACAAAAUACUGGUGGCAGAAAAUGUAACAAAAUACAAUACAUGUACAAAAUACAAUACAUGUAUUUUGUAAUUGAAAUAUAGGAAAUACUUUUUCUGGAUUUUCUGUUUUCUCACAAUUUGGUAUAGCAGAGCAUUCAGGUUUGGGCUGUAUAAUUUACACAAAGCUCUGGUGAACCCCACAAAAAGGAAGAACAGUCACGGAAUGUCAGUGUAAAAAAGCAGAGCUAAUAAAAGACAACUUAAUUGAUUAUGUAUAUAUAUAUACAGUGGUGGCCAAAAAUAUUAUAACACCAUUAGGAUCUGACAAAAUGUAUCUUUUUUUUUGCCUCCAAAACAUGAUAAACUGAACAGAUCUAUUGUACAUUCAAAGGAAAGCCUUUGGCUUGAGUUGCAGAAGGCAUGGGAUAAAAUUAGGGUUGAAGUUCUUAGGAAAUAUAUUGACACUAUGCCAGAGAGAUGUGCUGCUGAAAUUGCUCCAAAAGGUGGACGUACCAAAUAUUAAAGAUAAAAGUGAAUAAAAUCAGUAGGACUCACUUCAUCUGUUAUUUGUUUGUGCUCAGAGCAACCAUCUGCAUGUUUCAUGAACAUUAUGACAUUAAAUCAUGAUUUGGAGGCAAAAAAAAGUCAAUUUUGUGAGAUCCUAAAGGUGUUCUAAUAAUUUUGGCCACCACUGUAUAUAUAUAUAUAUAUAUUAAUGGGUAAACAGCCCAAAAACAAUUAUUCAUCACAUAUGAAUAGCAUCACACAUUAGGCCUAUGUAUACUAUCAAAGCAAAAUAUAGAAUUAAAACCAGUUUUACACAGGUAAAUAGACUAAAUAAAUUACUGUACAUAAAGUUCUGCACAGAAAAAUAACUAAACAAGUGAGUAGCCUACUUACUUCUCUUUUACUGAACGUUGGCCAGUGGCAUGGUAGCCUACUAAUUUCUCUCUUACAUUGGCCAGUGGCAUGGUAGGCCAUAGUUAUAUAUUACAGUGUUAAGUGUAAUAUUCACACUGACAUAUUUAUGACAUAAUAAUCCUUCCAUUUUGGUUCUUGAGACCCAACCAUUGAUAUGGCAUUAUGACAUUCACAUUGAGAAGACAAAGCAAAACUUAUAAUACAUUGCAAGAUUAGAUGGUCAGACGUCUCUAGAUAAGGUUAUCAUGAUCAUACAAGCUCUUAUCUCCCUCUUCCUAUAGCUAGCUACUCAACUGAUAAAUUAACUUGCUAAACACUAGUAUGCACUAGCAUAGCCAGCAUGCUAGCGUCAUUAGCAUGUUAGCAUCUAUCGCUAGUUUGAUAUUAAAACCAUCACCAUGUAUAUACAAUAGGCUAUAUAAUGUAGCCAGACCCUGACAUAAGUUAUACAUACCAGCUAGCUGACAUCUGUCACACUCAGAUAAAAUAUUUACCUUGAAAGACAAUCUGCUGCACUUGAAGAUCUGAAGACUGAACUCGUGCUGGCUUUUUGAUUAGUGGAGAAAGUAUUUUGAAUAUUUAAAAUACUAAAUUACUCCACUCUAAAGUAUUUUUCAUACUACAUUUGAUUUUUAUCGGCACUAUCAAAUACAAAUUACAAAAUACUAAAAGUACUUGAAAUACGUAUUUCAAAUAAUUGAAAUACUGCCCAUCUCUGCAUGUUGAUGGACUUCCAACAUAUAAACCAUGUGAUUGAUGCUAGCUGAAGAUUAGCCUGAAUUGCUAAGAGAUUUAGUUUUUUCUAAAAUUGGGGUUGUGGGGUAAAGUGAGACAAAUGCUGUGGGGUAAAGUGAGACAUGAAAUACAAGUUAAGUUUAGUCUUAAACAUAUUUUAGUGUAAUAUUACAUUACAUAUGUUUUAUUUUUAAUGUCAUAAACAUUGUAGAAAAGCCAUCAUGCCAAGAAACUACAACAGGGAGACAACCUUGGGCCAAACACCCCUCGCAGAGAUGGAGAGAGCAGGCGCUGAGGUAAUGCAAGGAAAGGAGUCCUUAAGAAAAGCUGGAAGGGAUAGAAAUAUUGACAAGACAACCCUCAAAAGAUUCAUAAAGAAAAAAGAGAAAGGGAAAGUAAAAUCAGUGGCCUGGGGUGCAGUAGCUGAGGUAAAGAGAGUAUUCACAGACGAGAUGGAGGAUGAGCUUGCCAAACACUUGAAACAACUAAAGCCUGAAACAUGCUUCUGCGACUGCGUCUGCAAGACUCGUUUUCAUUCAUGCUUCCCCAACCGUUGCGCGUCUUACAAAGCAAUUCCGCGCCACAACACUAGGCGGAGUAAUGCUUUUUGUCGAAGACGACCUUAGAGACGCCUUCUUUCUUCUUCGUCGAUUGUUUAUUUACAUAGCCACUGCGGCUCCUCGUAGCCUUUUUCUGGCGGACAAAUCCGCCAGUCAGUGACAGGUUAUACAAGUGAUCAUACUAUCGGAUAUCUUCUGCCAAGUGCUCUUCUAUUUGGUCCAUAUUCGUUCUUCUAAAUCUUCCGUGAUUUCUGCCGGUAUUAUGGGGCAUGAAACCGGAAAUGCAGCUCCAGAAGGGAUGUAGACCAGACCAAUCACAGCCUUGCGGGCUGAGUGAGCUUGCGGAGCUUUGCCGUAAAUUUUAGAAAAGGGGGUCGACACCCGUCAGCACGUAAGGAGGGAUACAUAAGCACGUAAGGGACCCGGAAGGGCUCUUGCGCUUACGGGCCCGUGAAAACGCAGAAGCAUGUUUCAGGCUUAAGUGACCAGUUCCAUGGCCUUGCUCCAGUUAAGUGCCGUGAACUGGCAUUUGAAUACGCAGAGAAAAACAAUAUCCCUGUCCCUGCCAAUUGGAGAGAGAAACAAUGUGCAGGUAGGCUAGGGUGUGCAAGAGAUCACAUGAGUCAUAAUAAUCAUAAAUGUGCCUAAUUGACCAAUCCCCAUGAUUCUGUUACUAGUCCGAUAUUAUUUUGGAAUGUGUGGUUGUCAAUCUAGCUGUCAGGAUUUUAACUAUUACAACAUGUGUUGUUAUGGUAGUUUUAAAGUGGAAAAAGUAAGUACUUUACCCCCUUGAUUUCUCUGGUCUGUCUCACUUUACCCCUAGGCUGGGGUAAAGUGAGAUACAAGACCGCUUUUUAGAAAAUCACAUUUUUACUGCCCUUUGUCCUGAAUACAUUCUGAUCAUUUCCAUUGCUAGAAAACAUCCUGAAUUAAUGGGAAAUGUGUAAAUUUUACUGAUAUAUCAGUUAAGCCCGCCUAGAGGGGAGCAAAUGUAAAAAAUGUCUCACAUUACCGCGCUCUCCCCUACCUUAUGGUUAUGGUGCUGUACUUAAUGUUAUUUGAUCUUGAGUAGAUCUGAUCAAAGCUCGUCACCCCUCUAACGGCUUCAGGAACAGGCCUGGGGUCACCCACAUGUCUCCUAUCGUCCCUGAGGCAGUUUGGUGAUGCACCUCUCAACUGCACCAGUGCAAUUCUUGUUAUACUACUGAUACUGUUGAUCAUGUGAGGACUGUUGAUUCAAGUUUAGUGACAAGUGUUUAGCUGGUCACUUGCUUGAAGGCACUUUGGCAGCAUUGAUAGUGUUUGCAAUAAGAAUCACUUGUGCUGUGCAGCUUGUUAACCGACACCCGCUUAUGUACUUAUGUACCUAGUUUUUAACUGUGGCUGCCAUCUAAAAACGGUAUAAUAUUGGACGUAAGGUUACAGAGUGAGUUCUUUAUUUACAUAACCUUUGCAUCACAGAGGAUUUGAAAAUGGACAUAGAUAUAGACAUUAAGCGUGGAUAAAUCAAAUUAAAUUUACAAAGCGAAUUAGGUCUUGAGCUAUUUUUCGAAGUUGUCCACAGAUCUCUAAUCCUUUAGGAGUGAGUUUAGGAGCCACACCCUCAAAAUUGCAGUUUCCUUCAGUUUUAGACCUCUUUUCAAGAUUUCAGAAACAAACCGUACAGACCUGCUGAUAACAGGGCUGCAGCGAUGUAGACCAUAGACAACUCUACAGGGGGAUCGCAUGAACACUGAAUUGGAAACUGAAUUCAAUGGGAAGCCAGUGAAGAGAAUUUUGAAAGGGUUCCACCAGAGAUCUUUUGGAGAACCUGGACAAGCAGAUAUUUGGACCACUUGCACAUGAUCCAGGGAUAAUUUGCCAAGGCAGGUAAGGGGGAAGAUGCAAUAGUCAACAUGGAACAAUAUAAAAAGCAUGAAUUCACUUUUUCAUCCUCACUUGAGACACAAUGGGCCUGAGCUUUGCAAUGUUUCUCAGCACUUUACGUGUUCGUCCAAAGAUAGAGCGUGGUUCAUAGUAGCACCUACAUUUAUUUAAGGCCCACAAUCCAUCAUAUAAGAGAAAACACUAGGAGAGGCAGAUUUUAUUACUGGUUUAUGUAUUAACACAAUGAUACUAUUACAAUGUGUUGUUUUGGGAAUAAAAUAUUUGCUAAAAUAAUAUGCUUCUGCUGCUGUACCAAGUCCUCUGUUUGCAUGACAAUAAUUGAGGUGCUAAACUAAGUAGUUCAUAAUUACAAAUAUGCCAAUGUCUUUAAACAUUGAUAACAAGCAUGUAGUUCUUUAAUUCACAUUAACUGCAUUCAUACAGAGGCGUAUUGCUCAACAUGGAUGUUCACUGUGGGGGUUUAAGAGGAGCUUAAAUGCAUGUAAUCUACCAGACACAUCAGUGACAAUAUAUAAGGUUGCUGUAUACAUUUUCUGUCCAUUUAUGUAUCGUUGUUUGUGAACGUGCAACCCACAGUGUGUGUGCACAUUGUUGGGCUCUUUUGUCUGACUGUAACCUCCCACAAAGCACUCCGUGUACUUUGCACUCAAUCAGGACUUAACUAUUUGUCUGUUUUGUCUGUCUACAGUGCCAUGCACUUUUCUGUUUGAUUAAAUGAAUAUUACCCAAUCGCUUCUUAUGUUGUUUGUCUGUCCCUGUUUGCUCUUGACACCACAAUACAAAUGUUCGUGGCAGCCACUAUGAAAAUAUGCUUUAGUAACUGAAAUAAAUUUACCUCUUCCUUCGGUAAUCCAGUUGACUGAAGCAAAUUUUCACGUGAGGUUUGAUCAAAUUUAGAUAAAUUUCAAGGCAGAAAAAACAUGUAAAUAAAGCAAAUAACCUGCAGCACCUCUGGCAGAGUGGUACUUGCUUUAUUGAUAUUUUAGUGACUUAUAGUUCAGCACUCAAAC